AUGGCGCUUUCCGCGCGCUAUCAUCAGCACAAACCGAAUGUGCCCAUCAUACAAGAAGACGUAUUCGGAUGGGUGCGCGAGAAUAACGCAUUCCAGGUUCGUGUUUGGUUGGACGACCAUGAGCACGACCUGAAUGUCGGAGAUGAUCACGCUUUCUCACUGCUCCACUGGGCCGCCAAGGGUGGACAGGUUGCAAUUGCGGAUAUGCUUUUGGCCCGGGGCGCGAGGGUGAAUAGCACGAAUAUGGGAGAUGAUACUCCGCUCCAUCUUGCUGCUUCUCAUGGCCAUCGUGCGAUUGUUCAGAAGCUGAUGAACCGGAAGGCGGAUCUGAACGCCGUGAAUGAGCAUGGGAACACCCCGCUUCAUUAUGCAUGCUUUUUCGGACAUCAGGAUAUCGCUGAGGACCUCAUUCAAAAUGGUGCCUUGGUUUCCCAGUGCAACAAACUCGGCCAUACCCCCAUCGACUAUUCGCCCCCGAAAAUUCGACCCGUCAUCGAGGAAAUUGCCCAAGAAAACGGACAAAACCCACGAGAGCGCGUCUCAUUCCGCCACGACCAGACAUGGAAGAACACGAAAAGUCGAACAAGGGAUGCCACCCUUUCCCGGUUUACUGGUGUCGACAUUGGCAGCCUGAACCUUGUUUCCAAGAUCGCCGAGUCGCACUCGGGCGAGCUUUGGCGCGGCAAGUGGCAAGGAAAUGACAUUGUUGCUCGAGUGCUUGCAAUCCCGGAAGUCACUGCCAGGAUCAGCAGAGAUUUCCAAACUGAAUGCCCCAACCUCAGAGUGUUCGCACACGCGAAUAUCUGCCCGGUGCUCGCCUUCUCAAAUGCGCCUCCGUCACUGGUCGUCAUUAGUCAGUACAUGGAAUUGGGCAGUCUUUUCAAUGUCCUUCACGGCCAGACAUCUGUGGUAAUCGACAAUGCGCAAGCCCUGCGAUUUGCAUUGGAUGUUGCGCGUGGGAUGAGCUACCUGCACUCCCUGGACCCGCUUAUUUUGAGAUAUUAUCUCUCCUCAAAGCACGUGGUCGUUGAUGACGAGUUGACGGCCCGGAUUAGCAUGGCUGAUACGAAAUUCUCGUUCCAAGAGGUCGGACGCAUCUAUUCGCCGGCAUGGUUGAGCCCGGAAGCAUUGCAACGUGCCCCCGAUCAGCUAAAUGUGCGAGCGGCUGAUAUGUGGUCGUUCGGUAUUCUACUCUGGGAGCUGAACACACGCGAAGUGCCGCUGGCCGAUUUGAGCCCGAUGGAAUGCGGAAUGAAGAUCGCCUUGGAAGGCCUUCGCGUCUCGAUUCCUCCUGGAAUCUCCCGAGCCAUGGCCCGACUGCUCUCAAUUUGCCUGAACGAAGACCCAGGCCGUCGGCCGAUGUUCGAUCAGAUCAUCCCGAUCCUCGAGAAAAUGAAUCAG